AUGAGUCGCGUAUCCUAUCGAGCAUCCACUGGAGGAACUAGCAGAGGUUUCACCUCUGGCUCUGCAAUUGUCGGUGGUGGUGGUGGUGGUGGUGGGAGAUCGAGCUACAGCUCCUACUCCGUCACUCGGGUUGGAGGAGCAAGAGGAGGUGGUGGUGGCUAUGGAGUCGGUGGUGGAUUUGGCAGCCGAAGUCUGUACAACCUGGGCGGAAGCAAGCGAAUCUCCUAUAGUACCAUGGGCGGAGGCUACCGAGGUGGCUUUGGUGGAGGUGCUGGUGCUGGUGCAGGAGCAGGCUUUGGCUAUGGUGUUGGUCUUGGCGCAGGUGGCGGUGGUGGCUUUGGUUUUGGAGGGCCUGGCUUUGUGAUGGCCGGACCAGGUUUUCCUGGAAGAGCUGGCCCAGGAUUCCCAGUGUGUCCACCCGGAGGCAUCCAAGAGGUGACCGUCAACCAGCACCUCCUGCAACCUCUCCACCUUGAGAUCGACCCAGAGAUUCAGAGGGUGCGCACUCAAGAAAGGGAACAGAUCAAGACCCUCAACAACAAAUUUGCCUCCUUCAUCGACAAGGUCCGAUUCCUGGAACAGCAAAAUAAAGUCCUUGAAACCAAAUGGGAUCUGUUACAACAGCAGGGGAUAACAGUUCGGCAAAGCAACAUCGAACCCCUUAUGGAAUCAUAUAUUGCCGGUCUCAGGAAGCAACUGGAUGCUCUGCAAAAUGACCGGGCAAGGUUGGACUCUGAACUGAGGAACAUGCAAGAUAUGGUGGAGGACUAUAAGAACAAAUAUGAAGAUGAAAUUAACAAACGUACAGGUGCAGAGAAUGAAUUUGUGGUGCUCAAGAAGGAUGUUGAUGGAGCCUACAUGAACAAGAUUGAACUUGGUAGCAAAGCAGAUGCUCUCAAUGAUGAAAUUGAGUUCCUGAAAGCACUGUACCAUCUGGAACUGUCUCAGAUGCAGCAGCAGGUUUCGGAUACCUCCGUCGUUCUCCAAAUGGACAACAACAGGAACCUGGACCUCAACAGCAUCAUUGCUGAGGUCAAGGCACAGUAUGAAGACAUUGCUAACAGGAGCCGAACUGAGGCGGAAUCCUGGUAUCAAAGCAAGUAUGAAGAGCUACAGGUCUCCGCUGGGCGCCAUGGUGAUGACCUUCGCAGUACAAAGACAGAAAUCACUGAGCUUAACCGGGUGAUCCAGAGGCUGAGGAGUGAAAUUGAUGCCUUGAAGAAGCAGUGUGCCAAUCUUCAGGCAGCCAUUUCUGAGGCUGAGGAUCGUGGAGAACUUGCCCUCAAGGAUGCCAGGCACAAACUGAAUGAAUUGGAGGAAGCCCUGCAGAAAUCGAAGCAGGACCUUGCACGACAACUCAAGGAAUACCAGGAGCUGAUGAACAUCAAGCUGGCCCUGGAUAUUGAGAUCGCCACCUACAGGAAACUGCUGGAAGGAGAGGAAAUCAGGCUGGCAGAAGGUGUUGGAAAUGUGAGCUACUCUGUGGUCAGCAACACCACCUCCACUGGAUUUGCAGGAGGAAGCUCCCUUGCGCUGGGAGGAGGACUCGGAGGAGGACUCGGAGCAGGACUCGGAGGAGGACUCGGAGGUGGUGGUGGUGGCAGCAUCAGCUACUCCAUGAGUAGUGGUGGCGGCUACGGCGCAGGCGGGUUGGGUUCUGGGGUUAGCCUGGGAGGUGGUAGCAGCUACAGCACUGGAGGUGGCCGCAUCUCCAGCGGUGGAGGAAGCUCCAGUGUGAAAAUUGUAUCAAAAACCACUUCCAGCAAGAAAGCCAUCUAUUAAAGGUUGGGCCCCUCCAGAAGGGCAAAUCGCAUCGCCAGCUGCCAGUCAAAGCUCUCCAACCCAUUGUGUAAAUAGCUCAGCAAACAGCUCUUCCCCUCUGAUACUUUUGCCUUUUCCAUACAAGUUUCACCUUUUCCAUACAACCGGGUUCAGCUGCAGCAGGUAGGCUGUGAAAGAAGAGAGCUGACCGCAUCAAGU